AUGAGUUCGGGCGAUUUGGGCGACCGGGAUCGCCGGGCCAUGGAUCUCUUUGAAAAGGCCAUGGAGAAAGAACUGCAUGGCCUGAUGUCUGAUGCUGUCAGGUAUUACCGUGAAGCAUUCAAGAUCAAUGACCAUAUCGACCUUCUUUAUAGACAACAGAAGGUGCCCAAAGCAAUACAAAAGCUUACCAACGAACACGGCAAAAACGCAGGUCGGAAGGUCGACGAGGAUGCAGUUAAUAGAAUAGACGUAGAUCGUCUUCUAGCCUCGUUUGCGCAUGAGGAGGCACAUGCGCCAGAUCCAAAUAAUCCUGACCACCAGGACGAAAACCAUAUGGUGGUCAAGCUUUCCAACUUGGGCCUUGAUAACCACAGCUACGUGGAGGAGGCCAAACCUGUUUCUCCGCUCGUUCAUCUUCCUCGUGAAUUGUGGACUGCAAUCUUGGACAUUUUGAUUACCACAGAUCCAGAGCUGUGGUUUCGUUUUGGUGUGACGUGCAAAAAGCACGCCUAUUUGGCAUUUGGAUCCUCGGUCCUAUGGAGCCGAUUGUGCCACCUCAUAUAUCCACGACAAGUGUACGAAGAGAAUCGUGGGUACCAAGGGAAAGACUUGCCUGUUCCUAAAGAUCCGCUUCUAAUGCUACCGCAGUAUGGCAACUCGUGGAAGAAAAUGCUUCGAGAAAGGCCCUUUGUCAAAUUUCUUGGCUGCUACAUUUCUGUGGUCAACUACUACAGUGAAGGUGCGAGGGAGGAAUUUUCUACCACAUGGAAAAACCCAGUGAGAACUGUCACGUAUUAUCGCUAUCUCCGCUUCUAUCCCGACGGAAAAUGUGUAAUGGCACUAACUGCCCUUGAACCUGGAAAAGUGAUCCCACAAUUUCUGCGGACCAAUAAACUCAAAUGCAUCCUUGCUAAUCCUGAAAAGGAUAUAGGCCAUAUAAACGUUGCCAAGGAGCCUCACAAAAUCUUCCAUGGCUCGUGGACAAUUUCUGCUGGAGGAGAAGUAUAUGUCAAGGUUGAGGAGGGCUCUGUUGCAUAUUGUACGUUCCAUUACAGGUUUCAGAUCAAGUCUAUGGGAAGCGUCCCCAACCAUGCCAAAUUGGGUUGGAUAAAUUUUUUUGCUGUGUAUAAAGACAUGGGUGAAGGCGAUGAUCGUGAGGGUGAAGUGGUGGAAUUUUCUUUAAAGAACGAGACUUCAUUCAAGUUUCUGCGUGUUCGAUCCUAUACGUUGGAUAACUGA